CCUUUACUCUUUCAAAAAUUUUUAUAUUCUCAUUCUUAAAAUUUAUUUCUUUUUUAAAAAAUUCAUUAAUUACUUCUUUUUUAACUCACAAAACUCAAUAAUUAACUGAUUAUUUCAACUUGAAACUUCUCUCUCUUUCUUUACCAAUUCAUUCUCUUAAUAUCCCCCACUUACCCUUUCUCUUCUUCUCCAAGACUGCCAUGGGAGAUCAUCAAGAUGAGGUUUGUAAUAUCAGUUGGCUUAGCCUUGGUUUGGGAUUUGGUGAUGAUCAAUAUGUCCCAAAAAAGAUGCAAAAAAUCAACAAUAAUCAACUCUCUUUCACUCUCAUUCCAAAAGAAGAAUUGGGUAUCAACAACAACAACAACAGCAACAUCAAUAUGGAAAUUGAUGAUGAAGAAGCUAACUCAAGUGAAGAAGAUCAUCAUCAUCAUUUGAUGAAGAGAAGUAGAAGCAAUAAUAAUAUUGUUAAUUAUGAUCAUCAAGAUUCCUCCUUUGGAAUUAGAUCAAGAUCAUCAUCAGAUCAUCAUCAUCAUCAGUCCAGCAACAACAAUAUUAUUACUACUAAUCAUAAUCACAAGGGGAUUAGUAGUAGUGGUGCAUCAGAAUUAAGGGAGAGAAAGAAGCUUAGGCUUUCUAAAGAACAAUCCACUUUGCUUGAAGAAAGCUUCAAACUUAAUACCACCUUGAAUCCGGCUCAGAAACAGGCACUUGCCCAACAAUUAAACCUCAAAACUCGACAAGUGGAAGUUUGGUUUCAAAACAGACGUGCAAGGACGAAAUUGAAACAAACAGAAGUAGAUUGUGAGUUCUUGAAGAAAUGUUGUGAAAGAUUAAACGAAGAAAAUCGAAGGUUGAAGAAAGAAUUGCAUGAAUUAAAAUCCCUUAAACUUGGAGCUUCACAAUUGUAUAUUCAACUACCCAAGGCCGCCACCCUCACAAUUUGCCCUUCAUGCGACAAAAUUACCCGGACGGCCGCCGCCAACGCCGCCGCCCUCGACGCCAAUUCUCCCCCACAAUAAUUUAAUAAUGCCCUUUUCUUUUUCUUUUUCUUUUUUUAGGCUGUGUUUUUAGUACAGCAAAAAAGAAUAAUUCAAUUCAAUAACAAUAUACAGCCUUUUCUCUUUUACAUUUUAUAUGAAAUCAUCUAAACUAUGUUAAGAACAAAAAAAAAAGAAAAAAGUUUAGUUUUUUUUC